AUGACGCAGGCGCGAGUGAUCAUGGCUGAGAGCGAGCAACCACAAGGUCGGCGCGUGUCGGUCGAGGAAGAGGACGUAGAUGUAAACAACGCAAAUGAUGCCCGAGAAGUCAGAGCUGGCAACGUGGGAACGGUUAGGCUGCCGACGAUGAAUCUCCCGACGUUCAACGGCACCUAUGAGCAGUGGCAGGCAUUUCAUGGACCGUUCUCCGCGUUGGUUGACAGAAAUGCUAACCUAUCUAAUUUGCAAAAGUUGUACUAUCUGCUUUCAGCCCUCGACGUUAAUGCAAAGAGAACCAUCGAAUCGAUUGAGAUCACGGACGGGAACUACCAGAGCGCGCUCGAUCUGUUGAAGAGGCGAUACGAUAAUUCACGUCUCGCCACCCGUCAUCACAUUCGCGCCAUCUUCGCAUUGAAACCGGUGGAGAGGGAAACGGCGGUAGCUUUGCGGGGGCUCACGGACGAAGUGCAGCAGAGGUUAGCCGCGCUGACUGCCCUCAAGGAGCCAACAGAGCACUGGAGCACUAUCAUCAACGAGUGGAUUCUUUCGAAGCUCGAUUCGGUAACCAGCAGGGAGUGGGAGGAGAAGUCCGUUCGCGAAAAAUUGAAUAAAACUGAGGACUUGCUCGAGUUUCUUGAGGCGAAAUGUUUUAUGUUAGAGUCGAUGUCGGGCGUGAAUGAUAAGAGGUCAAAUGUUAAGGUACAGAAAGGUGUUUCACAUGUUGUAACGACUGAUAAGACUGAAUGUAAAUUAUGUAAGGGCGGCCACAAGUUGUAUGCGUGUAAGGUUUUUAACAAUAUGUCAGUAGAAUCGCGAUGCGCCGAGGUCAGGAGGCUUGGGUUGUGCUUUAACUGCCUUAACCGAGGCCAUUCAGCAAAAUAUUGCAAGGCCCGCCAUUGUAAGAUAGUGCCAUGUCAGGGAAGACAUCAUUCCCUUUUGCACCCAGGCCUUCGGCUUGCGGGAGGUCAACCAUCCCCGUCGACGCGGGGUGGCCUUGACGAGGCAUCGAGUUCUUCAUUGGUCGCGUGUGCUUCCCAGCGUAGCGAAUCCGCGAUCAUACUAUCGACAGCGCUUGUUAAGAUUAGAGACAAUGUGAAUGAGUGGCGCGAGGCGCGUGCUUUGUUGGACAGUGGCGCAACGCUUAACUUUAUUACCGCGGAGCUCUGCAAAAAAUUGCGUUUACCCGAGAUUAGGUCGGAACAGAUGAUAUCGGGGUUCAACGAGCAGACAACGUCCACCAAGGCGUAUGUAAAAACAGUUAUAGGAUCGCGUCUUUCGAAUUAUGAGCAACCAGUCAAAUUAAUAGUUAGUGAGUCGAUCACCUGUCCCCUUCCCGAGUCCCGCAUCGAUUUGAGCUGCGUUCGGAUUCCCGAGUCUAUAUCCUUAUCGAACCUUGCGGACUCCCGUUUCAACGUGCCCCAGCGGAUUGACUUGCUGCUGGGAGCAGGCAUUUUUUGGUCCCUGCUGCGCGGCGGACGGAUUCGAUUGAGUGACUCGCAGCCUAUAUUCCAGAACACUCAUUUAGGAUGGAUUCUCGGGGGGGGAGUCUCGCGGGCGGCUCCGGCGCGAUCUCCGGUAAUUUGUUGCAGCGCGACGGACGGCUUGAUAAAUCAACAGCUACAGAGAUUUUGGGAGAUAGAGAGAUGCGAAUCAAGAAGGUUGUUGAGCGCUGAGGAGCGAGCGUGCGAGGAGCACUUUGUAAAGGGCACGCGUCGGAACGAAGUCGGCAGGUAUGAGGUCUCCCUGCCGUUUAAGGGGGAUCCGCGCGAGUUGGGGGAGUCGUUCGGUGCGGCCUAUGGGCGACUGCGAUCAUUGGAGCGACGAUUUAGGAGGAACAAGGAGCUAUACGCGAGCUACGUACAGUUUAUGAGAGACUACGAAAGCGCAGGCCACAUGUCACUGGUGGAUGGUGGGCCCGCGGGACCGGUGGGAAACUUGCUGCCUCAUCACGGUGUAUGCAGGGGCCCGGAAGGAUACGUCAAACUGAGAGUGGUAUUCGAUGCUUCUUGCGAGACAUCGUCGGGGAAAUCGCUGAACGACAUUUUGAUGGUCGGACCCGCGAUUCAACAGGAGUUGGUGAGCAUCGUCGCCCGCUUCCGGCAGCACCCAUAUGUUUUAACGGCCGACAUAUCUCAGAUGUAUCGACAGAUCUUGUUGAGAACCGAGGAUCGACGAUGGCAGAGAAUUCUGUGGCGCGAGCAUUCAGAGGAGCCCGCAAGAGUUUAUGAACUCAACACGGUUACGUACGGAACGGCUGCGGCAUCAUUUUUGGCCAUCAGAUGUCUUCAUCAGCUUGCGGAUGAAAACCAAGCCCGCGCCGGGGCAUCGAUUGUCUUGAAGAGAGAUUUUUACGUUGACGACAUGCUCACUGGCGCCGCCACCAUAGGUGAACUUCGUCAGAUCAAGAAAGAAAUCAUCUCGAUCCUGUCGUCGGCUGGAAUGAGGCUGCACAAAUGGCAAUCGAACGUGUCGGACAUUGUGGCUCGGGUCGAUGCGCCGAAUAGAAUGCUGGCUUCGGAGGAAGUGAAGACCCUAGGCCUGUUGUGGGAUCCAGGGCGUGAUGAGUUUGUCUACCAGAUCAAUCUUCCCGCCGAGGAGGCGAUGUCAAAACGAAAACUGCUAUCCAUGAUAGCACAUAUCUACGAUCCUCUUGGGCUCAUCAGCCCGGUAACCUUGAAGGCCAAGAUGCUCAUGCAGACGUUAUGGAAACUGAAGAUCGAGUGGGAUAGCCAAUUACCUGAUCACAUUCAGCAGCAGUGGCGUCAUUAUAGACGCCAGCUCACCGACAUGCCGAGGAUUCGCGUUCCUCGAUGCUUGGCUGGAGAUUCACGUGGACGGAUGGAGCUGCACGGGUUUUGCGACGCCUCUCAGAAGGCUUAUGGAGCAGCUGUUUACGUAUGUCAUGUGGAUUGCGAGGGAAUCCGGCAUGUAAACCUGCUCUGUUCCAAAUCCCGCAUCGCGCCCCCUGCUGCGACAUCCAUUCCUCGCUUGGAGUUGUGUGGCGCGGUACUUCUGGCCAAUCUGGUGAGCAAAAUGAUACAGGCCUGGACCGUUCGGUUUCACGAAGUGGUAUACUGGACUGAUUCCACCAUAGUCCUUCAUUGGAUAAACAAGGAGUCCACACACUGGAAGGUUUUUGUCGGCAACCGCGUUGCGGAGAUCCAGACUCUUUCCGAACGCAACCAGUGGAGGCAUGUCGACACCUCCAGCAAUCCCGCUGAUAUGAUAACAAGGGGAAUCGAGCCCGAGAAUUUGGCAUCAUCCUCACUCUGGUGGACGGGGCCUGGCUGGCUGAGCCAGUCGCCGGACUUGUGGCCGCGGCAUCUGGUGUUAGGCGAGAUUCCCGAGGACGAGGCGAGGACCCGUCCGGUAGUGUUGACGGCGACCGAGGCAUGGGGUCUGAUCGAUCGAUUCUCUUCGUUGGUGCGACUGAGACGGGUGGCGGCCUAUUGCCUCCGAUUUAUAGGCAACGUGCGUCGCAGGGUUAAAAGUGAGCGUCGUUUCGGGGCGCUCACCGUGAAGGAGCUUGACGGGGCGACGAGCGCCCUCAUCAGGACUGUGCAAUUGCUGUCGUUCCCGGGGGAGUUGCGUCAGCUUCAGAAGCAACAGCGGAUCAGCUCCGAGAGCACGAUAUUGUCUCUCAAUCCAUUUCUGGACGAAGAGGGCAUCCUGCGAGUGGGGGGUCGUCUGCGAAAUUCGACCUUACCAUACAGCACAAAAUUUCCUAUCCUAUUACCCAAGAAACAUUUUUUUACGACUCUAGUAAUCCGCGACGCCCAUUACAGAAAUUUGCACGUGGGUGCUCAUACAUUGAUGUCAAUUUUGCGUGAAAAAUAUUGGAUUAUCUCCGCCGGAACGGCGAUCCGCGGCGUACUGCGUAGGUGUAUAUUGUGUUUCCGCAGAGCUCCGCGUAAAAUGGGACAAUUGAUGGGUAGUCUCCCCGCGGACAGGGUUGUACCGUCGAGACCAUUCACGAACACAGGGGUAGAUUACGCCGGGCCAUUUUGCAUUAAGAUCUCGCGAAAUAAGACCGGAAAGGCGUAUCUGGCCGUAUUCGUUUGUAUGUCCACAAGGGCAGUUCACUUGGAGAUUGUGUCCGAUUUAUCGACCCCCUGUUUUCUCAAUACUUUGAAGCGUUUCAUGUCCCGUCGCGGCAAGAGCGGGAGUAUCUGGUCGGACAAUGGUCGGAAUUUCUUGGGCGCCAAGAACGAAUUAGACGACCUUGGCAAAUUUCUGGAAAGCCAAAGAGUACAAUCUGAGAUCAUAGAAUUCGCGGCGGAGCAAUCUAUAGAAUGGAAAUUCAUUCCCCCGUACUCCCCCCAUAUGGGAGGAAUAUGGGAAUCAGCUGUUAAGGCCGCAAAGAAUCUAUUCAAAACAACGAUCAAUCAGACAUCACUGAGUUUUGAGGAGCUAACCACUGUAUUCGUUCAGAUAGAAGCAAUCUUGAAUUCCCGACCGUUGUCGCCCAUGUCGACCGAUCCGCACGAUUUUGCAGCCCUUACGCCGGGGCAUUUUCUGAUAGGAGCGCCGAUCGUGGCGUUACCGGAGAGGGACGUCACCUCAUUGACCGCAAACCGUUUGCGAAGAUAUCAACUAUUGACUCAGCUCGUUCAGAGCUUCUGGAAACGAUGGUCUCGUGAAUACCUGACACAAUUGCAAUUCCGAUCAAAAUGGAGACGUGCCUGUCCUAACUCUCACUUAAAGAUAGGGGCCUUAGUGCUCAUUCGCGAUGACAAUGCACCUCCAACUCAGUGGAGGCUCGGUCGGAUUACCGAGCUAAUACGCGGAAGGGAUGACUUGGUCCGAGUGGUCUCACUGCGCACGCAAGUAGGUGAGACAAAAAGGGCGAUAGCGAAGAUAUGUAUAUUACCGUUGGACGAGGAGCUUCCUCAUUAG